CCAAUCAGAGAGCUGAAAGCAUUUAGGCGGAAAAAUUCUACUAUGGCAAUGGAGGAAGUCACUGGCUCUGUAGUGAGGCGGUGCCAAGCUUUUGAAAAUACCCGCGUUUUAUUCUUGUUUUGAGGGAAGACGUGUCUAAAUACGACUCUAACAUUUCAAAAUGAGGAUUUGUAAGGGAACAUCAGAUAAGCAUGGCCUUGUGGCUGUUAUCUUUUUCUUGUUGGGAAUGGGAACUCUGCUUCCAUGGAACUUCUUCAUAACUGCAAUGAAUUAUUUCACUGACCGUUUGAGAAAUGGUACAGAUUCUUCACACUCACAGUCAGACCCAUACAUGUUUGAGAACAUGAUGGUGCUGUUAGCCCAGCUUCCCUUGCUGUUAUUCACACUUCUCAACUCCUUUCUAUACCAGCACAUUGCGGAGAAGAUGCGGAUUGCGGGUAGCAUGGUCUUCAUAUUUCUUCUCUUCAUUCUCACGGCCAUUUUAGUGAAAGUUAAGAUGGACCAGGACCAGUUCUUUUCAAUUACCAUGGCAACAAUCUGGUUUAUUAACAUGUUUGGGGCCAUUCUGCAAGGUAGUCUGUUCGGUCUGGUCGGUAAGCUACCCCCGAGAUUCAGCUCCCUGUUUAUGAGUGGACAGGCAGUGGCAGGAAUCUUCUCGGGUCUUGCCAUGCUGUUAUCGAAUAUCUUUAAAACUGACUCCGAGAGUUCUGCCCUGGGAUAUUUCAUAACUCCCUGUGUCGCCACUCUACUUACUUUGUGCUGUUAUCUCAUACUUCCGCAUCUGAGAUUUGCCCAACUUCAUUUGGAAAAUGUGUCCCCUAAAACUGCAGAGACACGGAAAGAGCCAUCAGCAGAUAGAUCUGAGAUGGUUAAAGUGAAGUUAGAUAAUGGUGACAAUGGAUUUGACAUCAUUGGUGAAACCGAAGCAUGUAAAAAGCUGAAUGAGCUCCAACAAGAACCUGAGGAGAAGUCAACUGUGCCACGGGUCUUCAAAAAGAUUUGGGUGAUGGCAUUAUGUGUGACAUGCGUGUUUGCCGUCACACUGUCCGUUUUCCCAGCAAUUACUGUAAAUACAAAAUCUUCUGGCUUAUUUGAAGGGAAAGAGAACAUCUUCGUACCUUUGUGUUCAUUCAUUGUCUUCAGUGUGAUGGACUGGAUUGGCAGAAGUCUCACUUCUCGUCUUCAGUGGCCUUCGAUGAAGAGUAGAUUAUUCCCUCUUUUCGUGGGAUUACGGGUAGUUUUCAUUCCUGCCCUCAUGCUCUGCAACGUUCAGCCUCGCUUCUAUCUCCCAGUCUUUUUCAAUCAUGACAUGGCUUAUAUUAUCAUAAUGUCUUUGUUUGCCAUGACAAGUGGAUAUUUUGCCUCCCUCUCCAUGAGCUAUGCUCCACAGCUCGUGAGGCCUAAAGAUGCAGAGACAGCAGGGGCUCUGAUGACCUUCUUCCUGACUUUGGGACUCUCUCUGGGUGGCGCUCUCUCUUUCGGCCUUAAAAAAAUUCUUUAGGAAAAAUCUCAUAAGCUGACACUGCUGUUCAUUAUCCACCAACAUAAACAUGUUGAGGCCUGGGUAUACUUUUUUUUUUUUUUCUUCACUCCAUCUAGUGCACAACUGAGCCUUCAAAUCUUUCAAAGUACACUCCAUUUCCCACGAGCAUGGAUGGACACGUUUGGUGCAUGCAUACAUGCAAUGUUGUCCACGCAGCAUAAAAAAGGCUGCACGUACAUGGUGUGCAUAGACAUCAGCAGACAGCGUAGUGACGAAAAUUAUGUCACACGAGAUGGAGCAAAACACAGUUUUUAAAAUCUAAUGAAGAAACAAAUUUAAGUACUGUAGAGGUUGUAAAAUUCUCUUUUAAUCUUUUGUAUUUAUGUGCCUUCAUUUCACUUUUGCACUUUCAUGGUUUUUUUUUUUUUUUUUUUUUUUUUAAAGGGAAAUAUUCACAUUUACUGUUUUAUGGGUUUUUUGAGUGUUCAUGUUUUUUUAUUAUUAUUUUUAUUAUUAUUGGUAUUUUUAAUAAUUUCUUUGAAAUAUCUUAAACUGUAACUGUUUAUCUUUUAUAUUUUGUAUGUUGCUUUUUUUAGCUAACUUUAAUAAAAUUUAAAAAUACAAA